CUCGUGACGGUUGGAGGUGUCUCAGGUGUUUCUAAUCACACAGGUGAGACUCGUCAAAGAGUGUGACGUCACAGCGGAUCAGAGCGCGCUCGCUGGUCGGUGAGACAGGAUGCUGUCUGUCUGUGUGCUGGUGUGUCUGCUCACCGUUCACUCAGCUCUCCAUGCGAGUCUGAUCCAGAAUCAGCUGAACGGGACUUUAAAUGAGACUUUCUCUGGAUACUUUGGAUUCAGAGACCUGUCGGGGGUGCGGUCCUUCAGUCCAGAACAGGAGCUGGAGUCCAGGAUCAUCGGGGGUCAGGAGGCCUGGGCCAACUCGUGGCCCUGGCAGGUUUCCCUCCGGUUCGCCUCCAUGUCGGCCUGCGGAGGAGCCAUCAUCGCCCCCACGUGGGUCGUCUCUGCUGCUCACUGCUUCAAAAGGUACAAUAAAGCUUCUUUCUGGACGGUUCUGGCUGGAAAACACGACCUGGAUAAUCCUCAUGAACCCCGACAACAAGUGGUUGGAGUCUCCAUGAUCAGCAACCAUCCGGCCUACAACACUCGGACCAAAGAGAGCGACUUGGUUCUGCUGAAGCUGCAGCAACCGCUGGUCUUCAACCAGUUCGUCAGACCCAUCGACAUCUGGAUGUCUCCGCUGACCCCCCUCAGGAAGUGCACCAUCACGGGCUGGGGGUCCACCCGAGAGAAUGGACCUCGAGUUAACAGACUGCAGGAGGUGAACGUGACCAUCCUGUCCCCUGAAGCCUGUGACCGGUACUACCGCGGGAGGAUGCGACCCUCCAUGUUCUGUGCUGGGAAGCACUCAGGAGGAGCAGACGCCUGCCAGGGGGACUCUGGAGGUCCUUUGACCUGCUUCAACGGCAGGAGAUAUGAGCUGGCAGGUUUGGUGAGUUGGGGGGUCGGUUGUGGACGAGCAAAAAGACCAGGAGUCUACACCAAAAUCCAACAACACACUCAGUGGAUCUCCGACAUCAUGAAUCAGGACAUCUCGCAUGAAGAUGACGUCAGUACUGAAGAGAACACGUGUGGUAAGAAGCAGAGCUCCAGCUGUCAGAAGGUUCCAGGCCUCGCUGCUCUCUCGGUGUCCCAGAACGGGACCGUGUCUGUGGGGAACGUGACCGAGUGUUGCCCCUUCUUCUGGCCCUGGCAGGUCAGCCUGCAGUCCAACAGACGCCACUACUGCAGCGGAGCGCUGAUCCACCAACGCUGGGUCCUAACUGCACAGCACUGCAAUGUCAGAGCUAGAGAGGACGUGGUGGUUCUGGGAGUUUAUGACCUCCGGUUCUCAUCGUCUCAAACCAUCCCGGUGGACGAGGUCUUCAAUCUGCCACAGGACGGCAGCUUCCCCCCGACCUCUGACCUGUCACUGCUCCGCCUCAGCGUGCCCGCCAGACUCGGCUCUCGUGUGUUUCCAGUUUGUGUCCCCGAUGAGGAGGACGACGAGGACCUCGAUGACAGCUGGUCUUGUGUCACAACCGGCUGGGGAGCCUUGAAAGCAACAGAGGACAUCAAUCCAGAGCGGCUGCACCACGUCGGACUGACUUUGGUUAAUCAGACGACCUGCAGGGAGAAGUGGGGGGAAGGACUCAUCACUGACUCCCACAUCUGUUCACAUCCUGCAGGCUCCACCUCCUGCAUGGGUGACUCCGGAGCUCCGCUGCUGUGUCGGAAACGUGGCGCCUACUUCCUGUUUGGCGUGGUCACGUGGGGCAGCAGGCGGUGUGACGCAGACAAACCGGCCAUCUUUUCCAGAAUAUCUGAUUAUCGCUUGUGGAUGUCUGACGUGACUGAAGACGUCUGAAUGUUUCUGUUAGAAAAUAAACUCUUUAACUGGAAGCUGUGGACUUUUACUUCGUUCCAGCUGAUACGAAAUUGAAUUUA